AUGCUGAAUGCGUUGGCAAACCACGACUUUCUACCCGCCAAUGGCAGGGGCAUAUCGCUGGAUAUCACAACGCGUGCCUUGAGAGACGGCAUCAACGUCGAUCCCUACGUGUCCAAACUGCUCUUCGACCAUGCCAUCAAAACGAACCCUGACUCAAACGCCGACACGUUUGACCUCGACCACCUGAACCGCCACGGCAUCAUAGAGCACGAUGCCAGCCUUACUCGACCGGACAACAGCUCUGGGGAUCCGAGUGUAUUCGACCCCGAAGUGUUUGAGGAAACACUCCAGUACUGGCCCGACCCCAUCGUCUCCGUACGACAGGGCGCCGCCGCGCGACUCGGUCGGAUCCGCACCUCAGCCGGCACCAACGUCGACUUCGAGAUGAGGUUGGAAGACAACUUCCGUGGACUGGGUGAGGUGGCGGGGUUCUAUCUGACCCUGGGAGACCGGGUCGCCGGCACGGUCAACCGCACUUGGCUGACCUACUUUCUUGAAAAGGAGUAUCUGCCAGUCCCUUUCGGCUGGACGAGGCCGCGCGACCCUAUCACGCUCGAGGCACUACAGGCGGUCAUGGACAAGGUCUACGACGCGACGAAGGACAUCAUUGACGAGGAGCGCCGCCGAGGCGACCCUAGGCAUAGGAUGGACACCGAUGGGCAGCGUGUGCUUGGUGGUAUACACUGA